AUGCCUCGCUCAGCCUACGACCCCCCGUCAGGCUCCCACGACGACGAAGAUUCCGACGACUACGAGCGCUACCACGGCCCAGUGACGGCUCCUGUCUCUCCCACCUAUCGACGCCGGUUGCCAGCUCAUGAGAACGACAGAUUGCUCGGGACUGAACGACGAACGACGUAUGGUGCUGCAACGAGAGCAGAUACAUUCUUCAGACACAACACCACCGGCGGCACGCUUCGUCGGUCCCGCCAUCACAGCCGUAGGCCAUCUGCCCGGUUUGUACCAGGCCAGCGGACUCAGGCUCAGUUAGAUGAUACCCCCAAGGACUGGAACGACGAUGUCAUGCAAGGCUCGUCGUUUCUAGACGAACGGCUGUGGUAUGAUCAGUUUACCUCUAUUGAUUGGGUUCAUGAUAGUAUCAAGGAUGGCAUUCGUUUGCGGGAGUUGCGAAGUCGAAAGGAUUUUCGGGGUCGAAUGCUGGCCCUGUUUGAUGGCGCCCAAGGCUGGAUUCUCGUAGCCGUCAUCGGCUGUAUUACUGCAGCCAUUGCCUAUUUUGUGGAUAUUGCCGACAAGCAUGUGUUUGAGUUGAAGGAUGGUAUUUGCACAACGUCCUGGCUGUCGACCCACAGAGCAUGCUGCGGCGGCGAGAGUUCCUGUGACGCCUGGAAUUCAUGGUCACAACUAGUUGGAUUUUCUCGAUUCGACAAUGAGUCGGUCGACUUUAUUUUCUAUGUCUUCUGGGCAAUACUGAUGGCCAUGGGUGCAUGCGGGCUCACCAUGUUUACCAAGACGGUCGUACCUUCGACCAUUGCUUUGUCUACGUUGGAUGAGAAUCUUGGUGCUGAGAGUAGCAACGCCCCUCAAAGCCCCAGUGGACACUUCGCUAGUCUUCGCAGCAACCCGUCCACUGUCUACUACUCUGCUGCUGGCAGUGGUGUGGCAGAAGUCAAAGUUAUUCUUAGCGGCUUCGUUUUGCACGGAUAUCUAGGAUUAAAGACUCUUAUAUUCAAGACUCUUGCUUUAGUCUUGGCCAUAUCGUCAGGUAUGAGUUUGGGGAAGGAAGGUCCUUAUGUGCACAUCGCGACAUGUGUGGGCAACAUUUGCAGUCGCCUGUUUAAGAAAUAUCGAACCAACGAUGCUAAACGCCGAGAAGUUCUUGGAGCUUCAGCGGCUAGCGGCGUGGCAGUCGCUUUUGGGGCGCCUAUUGGAGGCGUUCUUUUUGGAUUAGAAGAAGUCAGCUAUUAUUUUCCUCCAAAGACUCUUUUCAGGACCUUCUUUUGCUGUAUCGCUUCCGCUUUAUCUCUCAAGUUUUUCAACCCCUACGGUACAGGCAAGAUUGUGCCAUUCCAGGUACGAUACGUCUCUGACUGGGAGAUCUUUGAGAUGGGGCUCUUCAUUCUCCUAGGUAUUCUAGGUGGAACACUAGGCGCACUGUUUAUCAAAGCCACAAACAUCUGGGCUAGAUCAUUUCGCCGAAUUUCAUUGAUCAAAGGGGCACCCAUGCUGGAGGUUGUCCUAGUGGCCUUUGUCACUGGCAUCGUGAGCUUCUGGAACCGCUAUACCAAGCUUGCAGUAACUGAGCUCCUUGAAGAGCUUACUGCACCAUGCGAUCCUACUGGCGUGACGAAAUCUGGUCUCUGCCCAAAUGAGAAGGACGAUAUUCUGCCGGUGGUGAAAUAUUUGCUCGUGGCUUUUGUCGUCAAGAGUCUGUUGACCACUAUCACCUUCGGAAUAAAGGUCCCUGCCGGUAUAUAUGUUCCGUCCAUGGUUGUAGGUGGUUUGAUGGGACGUAUUGUCGGACACCUUACGCAGUAUUUUGUGGCCACAUACCCGGACUUUUUCCUUUUUGCAAGUUGUCCUGCCGUUCCUGGCGUUGAGUCAUGUGUUACCCCUGGUGUCUAUGCUAUGGUAGCUGCCGGAGCAACUAUGUGCGGUGUUACUCGACUAUCAGUGACGUUGGCUGUUAUCUGUUUCGAGCUAACUGGGAGCUUGAAUCAUGUGCUGCCGUUUUGCAUUGCAAUUCUAUGUGCCAAGUGGACGGCUGAUGCUAUUGAACCACGGAGUAUCUAUGACUUGCUUACCGACAUGAACAACUACCCAUUCCUUGACAACAAGGGCAGUCAUCCAGCCACCGAUCAAACUCUUGGGGACCUCAGUCGAUCCACAGGACGACACCGAACCAUUAAUAUUAGCAAUUCCCCGCUUGUCAGGGCCAAGGACCUCCGUGGAAAACUCGAUUAUCUGCUUAUGGCCGGUGAACUCGACAGUGGCCUGCCAAUUGUGCGAGAUACAGUUCUAGUGGGCAUGAUUGCAGUCACCGAUCUCGAAUUUGCGUUGGACGGACUUGAUGAUGAAUAUGCAGAAUUCUGCAUUAUGUCUCCUGACCAUCGGAACUGGCCUGAGCCUAAUUAUGAAGACGGUGACACAAAUGGUGCGGUGCAUGAUUUCACCAUCUACAUUGAUCCAUCCCCCGUUGCUCUCGACGUACAUUCCCCAUUGGAUCUAGUCUACCAAUGUUUCGUCAAACUUGGCCUGCGAUACGUAUGCGUUUUGCAGGAUGGUAAGUUCCAGGGACUGGUCCACAAGAAGCAGUUUGUGAAACACAUGAGAGAGCUUGAGAAAUCUUGA